CAACUUUAGUAGUUGUCGGUCGAGGCGUUCCAGCGGAAGCAAGGGAUUGUCAGUCGUUGAUUAAACGGCCCGUCUGACGCUCUCUCAAGGGUCCACUGCACUUUUGACGAGACACGGUACUCCUCCGUGUUCCGAGACUUGUACACAAAAAUAUUCGCGCGACUUUCAACUAUCAAAAGAAAAAGUGUCGUGUGUUUGCGUGCGCGUGGGUUGUCUUCGUCGUCUUUUCAAUUUGGAAAUGUGCUGCUUCGUAUGUUCGACAUCAACACAGUUCGGUUUCUAGUUUUGUUUCCAGAAAGAGAGCGAGAGACGAGCUUUAUUAGAAAGAAAUAAAAACGAUUCGAACAGAAGUUCCAAACUUUCGCAAAUGCGGCAGGCAAGCAGUAACCGGGGAACGUUUAACAUUGCGACCCUGAACGACGACCAGAUUGAGGCGGCCAAGGAAUUCAUUGCGGCCGUCAACCGUGCCCGUCAGCAACGGGGCUCUGGACCGCUCUCGUGGGCGACAGCCGUCAAGUUUUUGAUGGCACGCAAGUUUGACGUCGGACGAGGGCUGACUCUCUACGAGCAACACGAAUCGACGCGGAUCCGAGAAGGACUAGUCCGCUUCGAGCCCGCCGCUGAACCGCUUCGAGCCGAGUUGGAGACGGGAAAGUUUACCGUGCUACCAACUCGAGAUGGAGGUGGUGCUGCCAUAGCUGUCUUUACCGCUCGCCUACACUAUCCUGAGCUCUCUAAUCACCAAGUCACACUCCAGGGUGUCGUUUAUCAACUGGACGUGGCACUGGAGAGUGUCGACACGCAACGCUCCGGCCUCGUGUUCAUCUACGACAUGAGCGAUUCGAAAUAUGCCAACUUCGACUACGACCUCAGUCAAAAGAUAUUGACAUUACUUAAGGGAGCUUAUCCAGCCCGACUGCGAAAAGUGUUGAUAGUGACAGCGCCACUCUGGUUCAAAGCUCCAUUCAAAAUUUUGCGGCUGUUUGUCCGCGAAAAACUGCGAGAUCGUGUCUACACCGUCAGCUUACCUCAGUUGACGCUGCAUUUACCCGCCGACUCGCUGCCGAGCGAACUGGGCGGCAACCUUAAAGUGGAUCACGGCGCUUGGCUUCGCUAUUGCUUCAAAUCGAUGACGAAUCGCGUCGGGGAUUUGUGCGACAUAUCAACUGGACCCAACCCACUGUUUCCGCCCUCUGAGACGGCCACCACUUCUGAAGCGGAUGAUCGGCCCGAAGGCAGGGAGGACGACCAAGAGGAGGAGGAGGAACCCAUUAGCGAAGUCUCGUCUGAUGAAGACGACGACGACGUCGAGGAGAUCGAAGAACCCGUCCCGCUGCAAGUCGAGUCUGUUGCGCACAGGCUGCAGGAGCCGAUACCGCUGGCGCCAGCCUCUCAGGAGUUCGUCAACAACUUUGCUUCCGUUUCGUGCAAAACUGCUUCGGUGGUGGAAGGGCUUCCACCGCCCAAGCCAACAGUGGCCAACGUUUCGGAUAAUAUGGUCAUAGAGAGGUCCGCCUCUCCACCGCCGCCGCCGUCGUCGGCCAGCAGCGGAUUCUCGGACGACGACAGUCUGCACUUUGACGACGGCAGGGGUAUGACCCUUGAAGAGUUUGCAGGUCACGUCAAAGCCAAAAGCAAACAGGGUCUUUACCUCGAGUAUGCCGACAUCAAAGCCAAAGGCACGGACGGCACUUUUAACAAUUCCAGAUUAAAAGGCAACGCUGCCAAGAAUCGUUACACGGACGUUUUGUGCUACGAUCACAGCCGGGUCGUCUUGUCGAUGGAGGAUUCCGACGACCCUUGCUCGGAUUACAUCAACGCCAACUACGUCGACGGCUACAAACAAAAGAACGCUUUCAUCUCGACACAGGGCCCGCUACCAAAGACGUACGGCGACUUUUGGCGGAUGAUUUGGGAGCAGCAGUGCGCCGUGGUCGUCAUGACGACGCGUUGCCUGGAGAGAGGAAGACCCAAGUGCGGUCAGUAUUGGCCUCUGGGAGAAGAAGAAUCAGCCGAAUACGGCCAUUUCGAAAUCAUCAACCUGACAACGGAGCAACAGAGUGAUUACACCAUUUCCAUGCUCCAUCUGACGAACCUCAAGACGCGCGAGACUCGAUCCGUGGCGCACAUGCAGUUCACUUCGUGGCCAGACUACGGAGUGCCUCUAUCUGCCACGGCCAUGCUCGAGUUCCUGCAGCGAAUGCGUGACAUGCAGAGCGGGUUGGUCGCGGCCAUGGGCGACACGUGGAUCGGUCAUCCCCUUGGCCCUCCUAUUGUCGUGCACUGCUCAGCCGGCAUUGGCCGCACAGGUUCGCUGUGCACGAUCGAUAUUUGUCUGAGGAGACUAGAGGACGUCGGUACGAUCGAUGUUUUAGGCACGGUUGAGAAAAUCCGGUCGCAGCGUGCCCACUCGAUUCAGAUGCCUGAUCAAUACCUCUUCUGUCACACUGCCAUCUUAGAGUGCGCCGUGGCGGCCGGCCUCCUCCAAGGCGACGAACUGGCCUGCCUAGAUGACGAGGAUGACAGCAGCGACGGCGGUUAGGCUCUCUUCUGGGUCUAUCUACGGAGAUAUUAAGAGAAAAAAAAAGAAAAAAAACAACACACCCGACAGGGGGCUGCUGACCCCUUGAGGUGGAAUGAGAUAAAACAAGAGGACAUUGAUUUUUCCUUUCCCCCUUCGUUCGGCUCGAAGGAUCACAUCGAGGCCGAUUCGUUUGUACAUUUUUUCUACUUCUGAUAAAUUCCAAGUAAAAGAAAACAUACAAAACAAAAAAAAAGACUAAAACUAAACUAAACAGAAUGAAUUGUGUAUAGGCACAAGUUGAGAAAUUGACACUAACUCUUUUUUUUUUGUCAUUAACCAACCAUUUAUUUAUUUCUUCUGUCUGGCUAUUUCUAUUUGGAAGGAUGAAAGUUAACUCCUAACCAUUCUUUCCCAUUUAUUAUGAUUUUCCCCCCAUCUUAUUCUCUUUACAUUCAUUCAUUGUGUGUGCAUUUCGUGGCUCAUCUUUUUUAAGUGUACAUUACGCCAAAGACUUGUAUUUUCCUUUUCUUGAUUAUCCUUCUAUUCUUGUGUGCGUGCUUAACUUUGUAAAUCUUCUACGCCGUUUACUCUUUGACUGAAAAACUGUGCGCCCAAGAUUAA